GGGUUAUUAUUCGCUAAGCUAUACGUGGUAUUGAAUCUGUUGCGAUAAACAAAGAUUUGUAUUCAUUAUGCCGCCUAAAGCUAGUGGUAAAGCUGUUAAAAAAGCUGGUAAAGCACAGAAGAACAUUAGUAAGUCCGACAAAAAGAAGAAGCGUAAGAGGAAGGAAAGCUAUGCUAUUUACAUCUACAAAGUACUUAAGCAAGUACAUCCGGAUACCGGAAUCUCCAGUAAAGCCAUGAGUAUUAUGAACAGUUUCGUCAACGAUGUUUUUGAACGAAUUGCCGCGGAAGCAUCGAGAUUAGCUCAUUAUAAUAAACGUUCGACGAUCACUUCUCGGGAAAUUCAAACUGCAGUGCGUUUGUUGUUACCUGGUGAGCUCGCAAAACACGCUGUUAGCGAAGGUACUAAAGCAGUGACCAAAUAUACGAGCUCAAAAUAAAAGAUUAAUAUCGUGGAAUUAUAAAACCGGCCCUUUUUAGGGCCACCAAUAAUUUUUUACGUUGAACAUGUUUCUUAUAUGGAAAUAUUCAAAUUUUUAUUUGUGCUGUUUUUUUUAUAUUUAACUAUUAUCUUUCUAAUUUAUAUCAUCUCUGUAGCUUGUUAUAAGAAUUAUAUUAAAUUUUUUUUUUAAUUCGUCCAUAUACCGAGUUGUAGAUAUAAAUGUUACACAGUAAAUUCACAAGAUGUUUUAA